ACAAACUAGCUAGUAGCUAUAAGCCUCUAGUGUGAACUUUACGUUCACAUUUAAGAAAGAACUUACGAAUGGCUGGUGCAACCCGUAUACCCAGGUGACCAAAAACGAAAGUGAAAGCAACAGAAGUGACGCCACCACGAGACCAUAAACGAAAAAAAAUGUGCGUUUUAAAUCCAAGAUAUUAUGUGGUCUUGACUGAGUAAGGAGUUAUCAGCUCCAGCCCUCCACAAUGAGACACCAUGAGGUGAGAGAGGAGAAGUUUGUGGCUUAUCAGAGCAAGAUGGCCGGAGCAUCAUCUCCAGAACCGAGCUGUGUGUCAGUGAAGAGCGAUGAGUCCAUGAGACAGCCGCUUGAAUUCAGUGAUGGAGCGGUGACCUCUCACCCCAGCCGGUUGAACAGACCCAAAGCAUCAUCUCCAGAACCCAGUGCUGUGUCAAUGAAGAGUCAUUGGUCCAUGGUGGAACCCCCACAACUCAGCGAUGGAGCAGUGACCUCUGACCCCAGGUUGGACGGACCCCAUGCAGCACCUCCAGAACCUAGUUGUUUGUCAAUGAAGAGUCAUUGGUCCAUGGUGGAAACCCCACAACUCAAUGGCGCAGUGACCUCUGACCCCAGCAGGUUGAAGAGACCUAAAGCAUCAUUUCAAGAACCAUCAUCUCCAAGCUGUGUGUCAAUGAAGAGUCAUUGGUCCAUGGUGGAACCCCCACGACUCAGUAAUGGAGCAGUGACCUCUCACCCCAGAACUGAGGAGGUGUGUUACAGACAGGACAAGAAAGAUUCAGACCUGCCUGAGGAGACUGAAGACAUGCAACAGGAUUGUCAUGAUGAAUCGGUGGAAGAUGUUCUGCAGAGAGUCAAAGACAAACACAAAAGCAUCAUGAAGAACAAGUAUGAGAGUUUAUUUGAGGGAAUGAAAGCACAAGAGAAUCAAACGCUCCUGAAGAGAAUUUACACACAGGUGUACAUCAGAGAGGGAGAGAGUGAAGGAGUGAACGAAGAACAUGAGGUUUUACACAUGGAGAAACAGCCCAGAAGAACACAAGACUUACAAGACACUCCAAUCUACUGCAAUGACAUCUUCACACCUCAAUCUCAUCAAAGACACAAAAUCAAGAGCGUUCUUACUAAAGGCAUCGCUGGAAUUGGAAAAACAGUCUCUGUGCACAAGUUCAUUCUGGAUUGGGCCGAGGGAACAGCCAAUCAGGACGUAGAUUUCAUGUUCCUGCUUCCGUUUCGAGAGCUGAACUUGAUUCGAGAGCAUCGCUACAGUCUUCACAAACUUCUGCUGGACUUUCAUCCUGAACUUCAAGAUGUGGACUCUCAGAUUUAUGAGGAGUGUAAAGUUGUGUUCAUCUUUGAUGGUCUGGAUGAAAGCAGAAUGACACGGAUGUUUUCAGACAGUGAGAAAGUUUCUGAUGUGACGGACGCUUCAUCAGUGGCCGUGUUGAUGUCAAACCUCAUGAAAGGAGAUCUGCUUCCCUCCGCUCUCAUCUGGAUCACCUCCAGACCAGCAGCAGCCAAUCUGAUCCCCUCCAAAUACAUCACGCGUGUGACAGAAAUCCAGGGAUUCGACGACGCUCAGAAGGAGGAAUAUUUCAGGAAGAGAAUCAGCGACGAGCAUCAAGCCAGCAGAAUCAUAUCCCACAUUAGAAGAGCGAGAAGCCUCCACAUCAUGUGUCACAUACCGGUCUUCUGUUGGAUCUCCUCCACUGUGCUUCAGAAGAUCCUGACACAAGAUCACAGUGAAGAAAUCCCCAAAACUCUGAGUGAAAUGUACAUCCACUUCCUGCUGAUCCAGAUGAAGAUGAAGAAUGAGAAGUAUGAUCCAGAGAGAGAUCCAGAGAUCAACAGAGAAGUGAUUGUGAAACUGGCUGAAGUGGCUUUCAAACAGCUGAUGAAGGGCAAUGUGAUGUUCUAUGAGGAGGAUCUGAGAGAGUGUGGGAUAGACAUCACUGACGCCUCGCUGUAUUCUGGCAUCUGUACUGAGAUCUUUAAAGAGGAACCUGUCAGUCAUCAGAGGAAGAUCUACAGCUUCAUACAUCUCAGCUUUCAGGAGUUCCUCGCGGCGUUCUACGUGUUUUACUAUUAUGUCAUCAAAAUUACAGACACUUUACAGUUUUUUGAUGUAGUUCAUAGUUUGCAGAAAAAAGCAGUAGAUAAAGCACUUGAGAGUGAAACUGGUCAUCUGGAUCUUUUCUUGAGGUUUCUGCUGGGCAUCUCACUGGAGUCCAAUCAGAGACUCUUACAGGAUCUACUGACACACACGGUGGACACCUCACAAACCAUCAAGAAAACCACACAGUACAUCAAAGAUCAAAUCAAGAAUAAUGAAGGUCUCCCUGCAGACAGAUGCAUCAAUCUGUUCUUGUGUCUUCUUGAAGUGAAAGAUCAGACUCUGUACAGAGAGAUCGAGGAGUUUGUGAGAUCAGACAAACACUCAGAGAAGAAACUCUCGGCCGCUCACUGUUCAGCAAUAGCCUACAUGCUUCAGAUGUCAGAGGAGGUGAUGGAUGAGUUUGAUAUGAAGAAAUACAACACAACACAGGAGGGCAGAAGAAGACUCAUACCGGCUGUCAACAACUGCACAAGAGCUCUGUUUGCUGACUGUAACAUUCAGGAUUCAGGAGUGAAGCUGAUCUCUGAUGCUCUCAAGAACACAAACUGUCAACUAGAGAUACUGAGGUUGUCCAGUUGUAAUCUUACUGCUGAGUGUUGUGAGAGUUUGUCUUCAGCUCUUCAGUCCUCAGAUUCUCCUCUGAGAGAUCUUGAUAUGAGUAACAAUGAUCUUCAGGAUUCAGGAGUGAAGCUGAUCUCUGAUGCUCUCAAGAACACAAACUGUCAACUACAGAUACUGAGAUUGUCCACGUGUAACCUGAUUGGUGAGUGCUGUGAAAGUUUGUCUUCAGCUCUUCAAUCCUCAAAUUCUCCUCUGAGAGAUCUUGAUGUGAGUAACAAUGAUCUUCAGGAUUCAGGAGUGAAGCUGAUCUCUGAUGCUCUCAACAACACAAACUGUCAACUACAGAUACUGAGGUUGUCCAGUUGUAAUCUGACUGCUGAGUGUUGUGAGAGUUUGUCUUCAGCUCUUCAGUCCUCUGAGUGUCCUCUGAGAGAUCUUGAUGUGAGUAACAAUGAUCUUCAGGAUUCAGGAGUGAAGCUGAUCUCUGAUGCUCUCAAGAGUCAAAACUGUCAUCUACAGACACUGAGGUUAUCAGGUUGUAUGGUGACAGAUGAAGGAUGUUGUUAUUUGGCUUCAGCUCUGAGUUCAAACCCGUCACACCUGAGAGAACUCGACCUGAGCUACAAUCACCCACAACACUCAGCACUUCAGCUGCUCGCUUAUCAAAGUGAUCCAGACCACACACUCAACAAACUCAAUGUGGAUCAUGGAGGAGAGUUCAGGAAUAAAGCAGGUCCACGCAAGUGGGUCUGUGAUCUCACGUUGGAUCCAAACACAGCUCACCCUCAUCUGGUUCUGUGGGACGAGAACAGAAAGAUCACACGUGGCAUGGACGUUCAGCCGUAUCCUGCUCAUCCAGACAGAUUUGAGUGUUAUCAGCAGGUGUUGUGUCGAGAGAGUCUGACCGGACGCUGUUACUGGGAGGCUGAAUUGAGCGGAUUGGGGGUUGUUGUGUCAGUGUCAUAUAAAAGCAUCAGCAGGAAGGGAUUGAAUGAUGACUGCAAAUUUGGAUUCAAUGUAAAAUCAUGGAGUCUGAUCUGCACUGAUAACAGAUUCACUGCCUGUCACAAUAAUAAUGAAAUAGUCAUACGUGUCUCUUCACCUCCCUGUAAUACUGUAGGAGUGUAUGUGGACCUGCCGGCCGGCACUCUGUCCUUCUACAGCGUCUCUGACACACACACACUCACACACUUACACACAUUCAACACAACAUUCACUCAACCGCUCUAUGCUGGAUUUAGAAUUUAUUCAAACUCCUCAGUGUCUCUGUCGGAAUAAACAACAGACACAUUGUUAGUAAUUACAGUUACUAUUAUUUAUUAUUAUUAUUAUUUAUUGAAUUGUAUUUAUUAAGCAGUAUACCUGUUUUUUAACACACAAAUGUAGACUUACUGUACCCCGUAUUUUAAAGUUACUCCUGUAGUCGAUCAUUUUAUCACUUAAAACUGUAAAAAGCAUAUGUAAAAGUUUUUUUACUGGCAUGCCUCAAAAUAGACUUAAAGUGAGGGUGUGGAGCUACAUUAAAGCAGUUGAUCUCAAACUGAAUUGUGUAUGUGAAGGCAUUAAAAGUGCAUAAA